UGCUAUUUUAGGUAUAUUUUUUUCUUUGGAACAUACGUCACUUCGUCUUCUCCGUUUGCUCACAAGAAAACAGAGUUCACUGGAGCUACAAUAGGUCCCAAACACAAGGAUCAGGCAGCAACAGCCAAGAUUUGCAAACAAUCAUUCAGAACCUAACCAUUACUGCAUACAAUCGCAAUAUUGCUCGACUGAACUUACCUAGUUACUCCCUAAUUUUCCAAUAUUAACAAUGAACAGAAAUUACCGAGGAGCACCAGACCAGGACACAACUUUAAAACUUUCAUUUACUAAACAGCCUUAUAUCGAAGAUGUCCGUCCCCGAAGAAUUAAGAGUGUUAAUUUUUCGAUGUUAUCUGGCGAGGAUAUACUUAAAAUGGGAGAAGUUCAAGUGAAUCGUUCAAUUUGUUACGUGAGUGAAGAUGAAAGUCCUCUUCCUAAUGGCUUGUUGGAUCCACGCAUGGGUCCUCCACACAAGCAUGGCACAUGUGAGACUUGUCAUGGGUCUAUUGAAACUUGCCCUGGUCAUUUUGGUUACUUAGCACUUGCAUUGCCGGUUUUUAAUGUUGGAUAUUUAUCUCACAUUGUGGACAUUUUGAAGUGCAUAUGCAAGUUUUGUUCCCGUAUAUUAUUGGUGGAGGAUGAACGUCUCGACUACUUAAAGAGGAUGAGAAAUCAAAAAGAUCAUCUGAGGAAGAAUGACAUCUUUAAAAAGGUUGUUAAAAGGUGCACAGCUAUGGCAAGUAGUAAGAAGGCCGUGACAUGCUCCAGAUGUGGUUAUAUCAAUGGUAUAGUUAAAAGAGCUGUUGGAACAGUGGGAGUCAUACAUGAUCGUAGCAAAGUUCAAGAUGAUACUUCAAAGAAGUUCAAUGAUGCUAUUUCUAACAUGAAGGAGACCAAAAAACCUGUUAUUGUGUCUUCUAUGUUAGACCCCGACAAAGUUCUUAAACUUUUCAAGAAGAUGCUGGAUAUGGAUUGUGAUCUGCUUUAUCUUGCUGAUAGACCCGAGAAACUCAUUAUAUCAACCGUACCUGUUCCUCCGCUACCUAUCCGUCCUUCUACCAAAGUUGCCGGAGCGACAAUAAGCAACGAGAAUGAUGUUACCGUGGGAUUGGAAGAUAUUAUAGAGGAUAAUGCUUCUGUUCGCCAGUUUUUAACAGAUUCAACUUCUGCUAACAAAGGCCAGGAUCCCUGGGAAAUUCUGCAGCUUACGGUUGCAAAAUAUAUAAACAGUGAUGUUCGUGUACCAAUUUCAUAUAUUAAACUGAAGCAGCAACAGAAGCAGCGAAAGAAACUAAUUAGUGGUCUUGUUCAACGCAUCAAAGGGAAACAAGGACGUUUUCGAGGGAAUCUGUCUGGGAAGCGUGUUCAGUAUACUGGCAGGACAGUUAUCUCUCCUGACCCUAAUCUAAAUAUUACAGAGGUUGCGAUUCCUAUCCUAAUGGCACAGAUUGUGACUUACCCUGAGCGUGUUUCACAUCACAAUAUAGAGAGAUUGAGACAUGCUGUGUGUAAUGGAACUUUAAAAUACCCUGGUGCAAAGCAUAUCAGAAGGCCAGAUGGUACCAUAAUGUCAUUGAGUAUCAAAGCCAGAAAGCGUUUGGCUGAUGAAUUGAAAUUUGGUGACAUAGUUGAUCGCCAUUUAAUAGAUGGCGAUGUUGUCCUCUUCAAUAGGCAACCCAGUUUGCAUCGCAUGUCGAUCAUGAGUCACAGGGCAAGGAUUAUGCCGUGGCGCACUUUGAGAUUCAAUGAAUCUGUUUGUAAUCCCUACAAUGCCGAUUUUGAUGGUGAUGAGAUGAAUAUUCAUGUUCCCCAAACAGAAGAAGCUAGAACAGAAGCUCUUAUGCUAAUGGGGGUGCAAAACAAUUUAUGCACGCCAAAGAAUGGGGAGAUUUUAGUUGCAUCCACACAAGAUUUUUUGACGUCUUCCUUCCUCAUAACAAGGAAGGACACAUUCUACGACCGUGCUUCAUUUUCCCUUAUGUGUUCUUAUAUGGGUGAUGGGAUGGAUCUUAUCGAUUUACCGACUCCUGCUAUAGUCAAGCCAAUAGAGCUUUGGACAGGUAAACAGUUGUUUAGUGUACUGUUGCGCCCACAUGCAGAUAUGAAAGUUUAUCUGAAUCUCACUGUUACUGAAAAAAGUUACACAAAGUCAAGUGGAAAAAGGGACAAGUCUUACGAGACAAUGUGCCCAAAUGAUGGUUAUAUCCACAUCCACAAUAGUGAACUUCUUAGUGGACAACUUGGGAAGGCUACUUUAGGGAAUGGCAACAAGGAUGGACUCUACUCGGUGCUUCUCAGGGAUUACAAUUCACACGCUGCUGCUGCUUGUAUGAACCGCUUGGCAAAAUUAAGUGCUCGCUGGAUAGGAAAUCAUGGAUUCUCAAUUGGAAUUGAUGAUGUCCAACCUGGGGAUAAUUUGAAUGACUACACUCAUAGAAUCAUUUCUGAAGGGAACAAAAAAUGUGAUAAUUUCAUUCUCAAUUUCAAUAAAGGAAAGCUCAAGUUGCAGCCUGGUUGUAAUGCUGCCCAGACACUUGAAGCUGAGAUCACCGGUGUCUUGAAUAAGAUCAGAGAUGAAACUGGAAAGGUUUGCAUGGAGAAACUAAAAUGGAGGAACAGCCCCUUAAUUAUGUCUCAGUGUGGAUCAAAAGGAUCUCCUAUCAAUAUCAGUCAGAUGAUUGCAUGUGUUGGUCAGCAAUCAGUUGGAGGCCAACGUGCUCCAAAUGGAUUUAUUGAUCGAAGUCUUCCCCAUUUUCCCAGGAAGUCAAAGACCCCUGCUGCAAAGGGGUUUGUAGCAAAUUCUUUCUAUAGUGGUUUAACUGCUACUGAGUUUUUCUUCCACACGAUGGGAGGGCGAGAAGGGCUUGUGGAUACAGCUGUUAAGACGGCUGACACGGGUUAUCUAUCCCGAAAACUAAUGAAGGGAUUAGAAGACUUGUCUGUUUACUAUGAUAACACAGUAAGGGAUGCGAGUGCAUGUAUUGUACAGUUCACAUAUGGUGGUGAUGGAAUGGACCCGUCUCAAAUGGAAGGAAAGGCAGGAUUUCCUCUAAAUUUUGACAGGUUAUUGAUGAAGGCCAAGGCUACAUGUCCUGCUGGACAACAUAAAGGCAUGUCUUCCUCAGAGAUCCGUGAAGUGGUUGAGGAGCGUCUUUCAAUGCAUGAUAUGACUCCAGAAGGGGGCUGCUCUGAGGACUUUAGGAAGAAACUAAAACAAUUUCUUGAAAAGUAUGCCAUGACACUAGAAGUCACAACGAGAGCACUUCAAAUGCAUGGUGGACAAACUAAUGGCGAAGAAUCUGGAAUUAUAGAAAGUGUAGCUCAAAGCAUAUCUGGCAUUACUUGUCAGCAGCUGCAGGUGUUCUUAAAUACUUGCAUCUCUCGUUACCAUCAAAAGAGGAUUGAUGCUGGAACAAACGUCGGUUCAAUAGGUGCUCAUAGUAUUGGAGAACCCGGAACACAGAUGACAUUGAAAACCUUUCAUUUUGCUGGUGUUGCGAGCAUGAAUGUCACUCUUGGGGUUCCCCGUAUCAGGGAAAUUUUAAAUGCAGCCAAGAAAAUCAGCACACCAGUCAUUACCGCAAAGCUCAAAUCUAAUGAUAACAUAUCAUUUGUCAAGUUGGUAAAAAGCCAAAUGGAAAGAACUCUUCUGGGCCAGGUUGCAAAGAGUAUAAAGUUAGUGAUGGGAUUGCGAGCCGCUUCUAUUGUUAUUAGUCUUGACAAGAAAACAAUAGAAGCCCUACAACUCUCUAUAGAUGCAUAUACCGUAAAAGAAUCAAUACUAAAGACUCCUAAAAUCAAACUAAAGGAAGCUAAUAUCAUUGUUUUGGAUGCUAGAAAACUUCAAAUUAAGCCUUUAUAUGACAGAGACAAACUUUAUUUUGAUCUCCAUUGGCUCAGAAAUAGACUUUCGACAGUCGUUGUGAAGGGCAUAGGUACUACUGAACGAGCUGUAAUAAACAAAAAGAAGGAGCAGGACAAGUUUAACUUGCUCGUUGAAGGAACGGGUCUUCAAUCAGUCAUGGGCGUGGAAGGAAUUAAUGGACAUGAAACCACUAGUAAUCAUAUUCUUGAAGUACAGAGCACACUUGGCAUUGAAGCUGCAAGAAGGUCCAUUAUUAAAGAGAUUCAAUAUACCAUGGAAAGUCAUGGAAUGAGUAUAGAUAUUCGACAUAUGAUGCUUUUAGCCGAUCUCAUGACAUAUAAGGGGGAAGUUUUGGGGAUCACCGCAUUUGGUAUUCAGAAAAUGAAAGAAAGUGUGCUGAAGUUGGCUUCGUUUGAGAGGGCAUCAGAUCAUCUUUUUAAUGCUUCUGUAAAUGGGCGAGUGGACGAGAUACAAGGCGUUAGUGAAUGUAUUAUCAUGGGCAUACCAAUGCAGACAGGAACGGGAAUAAUUGGAAUUCAACAAAGGGUUCCUUCAUUUAAGUUGGAGAGGUUAUCAGACGGCAUUUUAUCUUAAGCCAAUCAUGAGAAAAACUAUUCAACAAUUUUGAUCAAACAGAGUAUGCAUACUAAACACAUAGUUCGGUACCUGAAAGAAUUGCACCCAAAGGCUGCAGUUGAGGAAUAACUCUACUAAUUUUUUGUCAAUAUUAUACACGUACCAGAUAUCUACAUAGAUGGCAGCUCAGUUAUCAUAUCAAAAACACAGAUGGUUUUAGGAGUUCAUUUGUAUGAGAUGGACUGCAGAUGUUUAUAUUUUUCUACAAGGGCAAAUAUUUCAUUUGAUAUGUUUGUUCUUAGCGACAAUCUAUUGAUUAAUGAGUCAGCGACUAACAUCUUCG